AUGCCUCGAGGAAAGUCCCACCGCCGUUCCGAAGCUGCAAAGAGGAGAAUAGAAGCAGUUCGGAUUCAGCUGUUCGGGACAGCCAAAGCCUCCAGCGAUUUUGUUGCACAACAUGGCACCGGCUGGCGCCAUACUGUGAGAAAAUGGCCACCUAGUGAAGUGACUAACCACUGUCACAAGCUGGUCAUUCCAGAGGGACUGCCUGAUAAGAAGUUCGUUCUUGUUAUCGGCGAUUCCCAUUUACGAUCAUUUGUCGACGGCGUUGUUGAGAUGGCAAGCGGCUGCAUCCAGUUUGGGUUCAUCUGCACUCCUGGUGGUGAUGCAGCCGACUUGCGACUCGAGGUUCUGAACGCCGUCAUACCUCGGGAGCCUGAUGCUGUCUGCAUCAUGGCUCCCUCAAACAACCUUACGGCCAGUCGUAACCCAGAAGAAGCCGGACAGGAGUUUGAGCGGUACCUGUUGGCUGUCUGUAGUCGUUGGCCUAAGGUUUUUUGUACCGGCUUCAUACCCCGCUUGACCGAGCCCAGAGAGAAGCAGAACUUGUUUCAGCAAGAAUUCCACCGCAGGUCGGCAAAGCUAGGGAUAACAUAUUAUCCCGUUGCUGACUACUUUCCUCUGGGCCGUCUCAAUCUGUGGUGCCGUGAUGGCAUUCACCUUAGCGACAACCAUGGGAUGCAGAUGCUCAAGCAACUUAUAUGGGUGUUUUCCUAUAAGUUCAUGUACUUGUCAGCACCAAAGCCACUGGUGCAGAGUCAGGCAAGUACUCCUUAUAAACAGAGAUUUCUGCCCCGUGUGGUGGUGAAGGGAGAGGAGCGUUCUCGUCCUUCUUCUCCACUCCCUACCGAAUGGACGCUUGUGAGAUCUGGCAGGAAGAGGAACUUCUCGGGAGAAUCGGACUGUUUGUCUGAUUCACCCAAGAAAAGAGUGGUUCAUCACCAGAGGGAUCACACUCCUGUGGCUUUAUCGGCGUGUGACAUCCCAUCCAAUCCUGUCCAUUUCUCACCUGCUAUCUUGGUGGCCAUGGAAACAGUCUCUCCAUCGGCUGUUCCAGAUGUUCACACAGGCACUGAGACAAAGCCUGUGGAACUUCAAAAAAAACCAACUGUCUCAAAGUCUAGGCGUGUGAGACAGAAGGUUUCAGCUGUAUUUCCUGCCAGAGAUGCAGAAUUUGUGCUGGCUGAAAACACUGUCGUACUUAAGCCGCCAAAGGUGUUUGUCUCUGAUGCGCUUCCUGCCUGUCCUCAUGUGGCGUCUGACGGUCCUGCUGUGCUGCCUACCCGUUGUUUGGAGGUCCAGGGGGUGUCAGAAUGGCCUUCCACCGUCUCUGAUUCCAGGGACAUUUUUUGGUAG